CUCGCCAGCCGCGCCCGCGCCGUGGCCCAGCCGCCCGCCCAGCGCCGCGCCGCCCUCGCCGAGCCCGACGUGGGCAUCUCCCGGUUCGCCUCCUCACUCCCCGGCUUCCGCGGCGCCCUCAAGCAGCGCUACUCCGACUUCGUCGUCCACGAGGUCGCCCGCGACGGCACCCUCGUCCGCCUCACCUCCUUCGACCUCCCCGACGAGCGUGCAGAUACGGAUGACGAGGCCGACGCUGACCUCCCGCACGCACUUGAAUCGUUCCGGCUGCUCUGUGGUGACGCCGAUUGUGAGGCGUUGAGGGGAUUUCUGUCGAGGGUUUCAGAAGGUGAUAGUGAUGUCUCACCGAUCAUUCUCUCCCCUGAUGCCGACAAGGCUCAUCGCUUGGAGGUGCAUGACUUCUUCAAGAGGAACUUCAUCUUCUUGGUGACGGACACCGUUGAGCACAGCGAUGGGGUCCAGAGGUGUAUUAGGGUGCGGUUGAGGUCAGGGCCACGUGGCCGGAGGAACAGGACGGGCACAGGAAGUUCUGAACCUUCAGGCUGGAGAGAUGACAGGCCAUUUGAUAGUAGAGGAUCUGUAACCUGGCCUUAUCAUCUUGGGAAGUUUCUCAGGUUUCAUCUCUACAAAGAGAACAAGGACACCCAGGAGGCACUAAGAGUUAUAGGAAAAAUGUUAGGGCUUCAGCCACGAUCUUUUAGGAUUGCAGGGACAAAGGAUAAACGUGCUAUUACAACCCAGCAGGUAACACUUUUCAAGGUACAUGCCAGUAGGUUGGCCGCUCUAAAUAAUAAACUCACUGGCAUUAAAGUUGGAGAUUUUAAUUAUGUAAAGGAGGGCCUUGUUCUUGGUCAACUCAUGGGAAACCGAUUUACAAUUACCUUAAGGAGUGUUAUCGCAGAAUCAGAAGACAUGAUUAAGGUAGCUGUUGAUGGAUUGAUAAAAAGUGGGUUUAUCAAUUACUACGGUCUGCAGCGUUUUGGUAGUGCUUCAGUACCAACUCAUCUCGUUGGUGCUGCUUUGCUUAGAGGAGAGUGGAGAAGUGCUGUUAGCUUGAUUCUUGAUCCAAGGGAAGGAGAGUGUGAUGACAUGAAUGGGGUGAGGGAACAUUACAAGGAACAUGGUGAUAUUGAUGUGGCAAUUAGGAAUUUUCCUCGGCGUCUCAUAGCAGAGAGGGCUAUCCUUCAGCGUUUGAAGAAGUACCCUGGCAACUAUCUACAAGCACUAAUGGCUAUACCUAGAACACUGAGAUUGAUGUAUGUACAUAGUUACCAGAGUUAUCUAUGGAACCAUGCUGCGAGUAUGAGAGCUGGAAUAUAUGGUUUAUCAGGGGUCAUAGAAGGUGACUUGGUUUACAAAAAAGAAUGUCUUGGAGAAGGAACUGUAACAGAUGCUUCAGAAAAUAAUGAUGACCACACCAACACAUCUGAAAUGGCCAUAUUUGCUGAAACACUUCCGGAAGAAACGAUCCAGUCUGUCAAGAUAGCUGAUUCUGAAGAUUUAUUGAAGGCAGUGUACACACUCGAGGAUGUUGUCCUUCCUUUGCCUGGCUCAGAAACAUUGUUUCCUGGAAAUGAAGUUGCUGGGAUUUACCAUGAAAUAGCUAACAAGGAUGGUAUUAGCCUGACAGAGAGCACCCAUGGAGUCAAGGAAUUCUCGAUUACAAGCAUGAAAGGAGGUUACCGUCGUGUAUUACAACGACCUAUUGACUGUGAAUGGGACCUCAUGACUUACACAGAUGACAAAAUACACUUAGUGGAGACUGACUUAGAUGUUCUAUCCAAAGCCAAGCCAUCUGAAGUAAAUGAACUGUUAUCUACAGGGGCGUCACAUGAUGAUUCAUUGGACACCUCUGGAGCAACCAUCCUAGCAGAGACCGAAUCUAUUGGCAGCUCAGAUCUGUUACCAGAGCUUGCCGUAAAAUUAAGUUUUACUCUACCGACAUCAUCUUAUGCUACGAUGGCUAUCAGGGAGCUGACGAAGACUUCAACUUCGGUUGAUUGUCAGAAAGCAUUAAACUCCUGAACCUGCAGCAACAUGCAUCAUCUGCGAAAACUGAUCUAAUCUUGAACGGGUGGAAGUUAAGUGGGUACGUUCCAUCAGCAAACUUUGUCCAAUGACUGUUACUUUCCUGGAUUCUACAUGUUGACUUCUAUAGCAUUUCUGUAAUUUAGGGGAGGAUGCGGUCAGCUAGCGAGAAAAGAACGACCACUAGUUGGGAUGUCCCACUGAGCAGAGUAGGCAGUUUACCUGAAAAAGGAAAAUCAAAAGGAAAACGAGCAACUGUAGGCAGUUUUGUUUUGUACUAUGAAUUAUAAGGGAUGUUGCUUCGAUCAGUAUUGCAUUGUACACGGAGCAGGUCUAAUACCCUGUACAGCUAUUAGUAAGUAAAACUUGCUAGUUAUGCUCCUUCCAGUUCA